GUUAUGUUUGAAAUUGGUUGAAAUUUGUGGACGGAAAGAAUAUAAAAAUAUCGAAUGAUGUAUAAAAUAUCAUCUCUUUUUAAAUUUAUUUUAUUUAUAAAUUAGUAAAGAAAUGAAAACUAAAAAAUUAUACCGUUCAAAAAAAGAGCAAAGGUUUUGCAAACAAGAUGCGACAAUAAUAUUUUAUUUGAUCAAAUAGUCAACGAGAAUGAGUAAACAAACAAAAAUUAUUGAGAAGCAGAAAAAGAAUUAGAUAUAAUAUAAAUAUGCAAAUGAUAUAAAAAUUUGAUCUAUCAAAAUAAAAUUAUAAAAUAAAUUCAAUUAUAUCAAAUUUAUAUUAUAAUUAAAUAUGUUUUUUCACAAUUUAGAGUUGAAGAGCAUUAAUAUUUGACUAAAAAAAUUGAAAGGAAAUGUUAUUAGAACAUGAGUGAAUAAUUUUUUAUAGUUUCUUUUAAUUUUUUUAUUUUCAAGUUUUUCAUAUUUAAUUCAAAUUUUAAUUAAAGAAUAAACUUAUAAAUCCUUAUAAAUAUAAAAGGGGCCCACGGCACGACAUUGCAGGUUAAUUCUUAUAAAUAUAUACUCCAGAUUUCACAUCAGUCAUCUCCUACUUCACUCCCACCUCUAACUUUUUCAACCUUUUUCUCUUCCUUCGCCAUGAGAAACUUCUCUGCUUUCGGAGAGGCUUUCAGGGAGCGCCUGAAUAAGAUCCGGGCAGAGGUUAAAAACGAAGAGAGGAGGAAAGAAAUGGCCGGGAAAACAUGGGACAGGCUAUCUAAAGCCGCCCUGAUUACUGAUUACCGGUGCUGCCGAUCUGUUCGGCAACGUUGCCGGUACCAUUUUCUCAGCGACAAAGAAUGAAGUACGUUCUACCCUCAGAAGCCUAGGGUCAAAAUAUGUGCCUCACCCAUCCACAAGCCAGAUGCUGGAGACGCUAUUGCGCAGUGUUGAGACUGUGGAUAAUCGGACCAAAAAAUGUUUUGCUGAAAUAAAAGUCAUGUCUGCUGAGAUGAAAACCAUAGAUUUAAAGCUGAAUAAGUUUCUGCAUACAACUGGUGGCAGUCUUGUCAGAUAGGGGUGUUCAAA